CAAUGGGGUGGUACACGGAGAGGAAUAGAUUACGGGGCGGAUAAAGUCAGAAAUAAAUAUAAGAAAGACAGAGGUUGCAGGAAGCGGAAGAAGAAACGGACACUUUUUUCCAGUUUUUAUACGUUUUAUUGGGGGUCACUCACAUGACGCUUUAUAAAUAAUCCUUCACCCUUGCCCCACCUCUGCCCCGUCUUUCCUUCUCCUUUGGACCCCUCUGAUUCAAUGCUUUACCGAACACACCACCACCCUUUUCUCUUCUCAUUCAACCAUUUUUCCCACUCUUCUCACCCUGAUUUGCUUUCCUCUUCAUCUUCUAUGCAGGGCAUGGAUUGCGCACAAGGGGCUUUGAGAAGCAGAUUUGGGCCCGAGAUGGGUUGGAAAAGCGCACCCCAACAGUCUUUUCUUGAUGACAUUUUGACGGUUAACGGAGGCCAAAGCGGCAUUUCUGGCGGUGAUGACUCCUUUGUUGAUGACCUCCUUGACUUCUCUAAUGGCUUUUCGGAGACAAAGGAAGAAGAACCGGAAAUUGAUGAACAAAAAACGGUAAAUGACAAAAGCGUCGCCAUUAACAAUGACAGUGCUUUUUCUGUUAAAGAAGAUUUUGAGUCUCUUCCUUGCAGCGAGCUAAGCGUUCCGGCAGAGGAUUUGGAGAAUUUGGAGUGGUUAUCUCAUUUUGUGGAAGAGUCAUUUUCCGAGUAUUCUCUGACCGGUAAAUUGCCAUCAAACCCGCCGGAGAACAGGUCCGAACCGGAAAUUUCAGUUAAGGAGAAGCCCAGUUUCACCACUCCGGUUCAGACCAAGGCCAGAACGAAACGAACCAGGACUGGUGUACGAAUUUGGCCACUAGGAUUGCCGGAGCCGUCGUCUUCUUCCUCAUCUUCAACCUCUUCAACGACGUCGUUUCCUGUCCCAAAUCCUUAUCUCGUUUAUGCAAUCCCUGGUAGCCAGACCGCCGAGUCUUUGCUAAGAAACCCUCCGGUCAAGAGGCAGAAAAAGAAGCCUACUGACGGUGUUGGAGCACCAAGGAGAUGCAGCCAUUGUGGCGUUACGAAAACCCCACAGUGGCGGGCCGGUCCGCUCGGUUCCAAGACCCUUUGUAACGCAUGUGGAGUGAGAUAUAAGUCGGGCCGCCUCCUACCAGAAUACAGACCGGCUUGUAGCCCCAGUUUCUCAAUUGAGUUACAUUCUAACAACCACCGGAAAGUUUUGGAGAUGCGGCAGAAAAAGGAAGUUGAACCGGCGCCGGUUGUUCCAAGUUUUUGAAGAAUUUUAAUUAUAAGUAAAAUUACAGAUGCAAGAAGAAAAUUAGUUAACCGGUUGAGAGUGUACCGGUUUAGGUUAAAUUAGGCCCGGUUCAAUUCUAUCAAUGGACCAUGAUUUGAAUUGCUGCAGGUUACUACUCUAGGACUGGUUAGAGUUACUCCAUUGUAAUUCUAAUUAGAAGUUCAAAAUUUAUCCUUUGGAUCUCUA